AUGCGUUUUGUAAAUUUUAUUGAGAAGGCAAAAAUGAAACGAAAGGCUGGCAUAGUUUUAAUACUCGUUUUCUGUUGCGUUUGGCAAGUUCAGGCAGCCGUCAACUGUACGGAGACUGGCGCAGGCAGAUUUGCCGAUGACGAUGACACGACUUGCCAAAACUACACGCUUUGCGUUUAUGAUACUACGACUUUAGAUUAUUUGUUCUACAACUAUCAAUGUCCAUCGACGUCUGUGUUCAAUCCGAACAUUGCAAUGUGUACCGAUCCUGCCAACUACGUAUGCAAUGUAACGACCGCAAAUACUACCGUUUGUACCGAAGACGGGUACAUCGCCGAUCCGAGCUCCACAAACUGUUCCAGUUACAUCGAAUGCGUAGGAAUAAAUGGUACAUUCACAGAAACCACAUACACUUGUCCGGAUAAUACUUUUUACGAUCCAAACACGACCCUUUGCGAGUCGAAUUACACAUGUACCAGUAAUUCGCCUAGCAAUAAUACAACUGAAACUUUCACUUGUUCCGGGGCCGGAAGAUUCGCAGACACUACGGACACUACUUGUCAAACUUACUAUUAUUGUGUGCUGGCCUCAAACGGAACAUACGUACAAUACGAAUAUACUUGUCCCACUACGUCUGUGUUUAAUCCAAAUACUAGGGUUUGUACAACUAGUUACACGUGUACAAUAACCUACCGGUAA